CAGCAUCCAUCAAAUCUACAGGCCCUUUAUUUUACGAUACUCCCAAAGUCAUGGCUACCCUUCGUACCGAUCUUCCAGGUCCCAUCGGGGACAAGAAGCUGGAGAAGAAGCCCAUCAAGUUCUCCAACUUGCUUCUGGGCGCUGGUCUCAACCUUUUCGAGGUUACCACCCUCGGACAGCCGUUGGAAGUAGUCAAGACUACAAUGGCCGCCAACAGAGGCGACAGCAUGGCUAAGUCUUUGGGACGCGUAUGGGCUCGUGGUGGUCCUCUGGGAUUCUACCAAGGUCUCAUCCCCUGGGCUUGGAUUGAAGCUUCCACCAAGGGUGCUGUCCUCCUUUUCGUCGCCUCCGAAGCCGAAUACUACGCCCGUGCCGCUGGUGCCUCCGAGUUUGGUGGUGGUAUCCUUGGCGGUGUCACUGGUGGUGUCGCUCAGGCUUAUGCCACUAUGGGUUUUUGUACCUGCAUGAAGACAGUCGAGAUCACCAAGCACAAGCUCGCUGCCUCCGGUGUCAAGCCUCAGUCCACUUUCCAGACUUUCGGAGAGAUCUACCGCAAGGAGGGUAUUCGUGGUAUCAACAAGGGUGUUAACGCCGUCGCUAUCCGCCAGAUGACCAACUGGGGUAGUCGUUUCGGUCUCAGCCGUCUCGCUGAGGGCUGGAUGAAGUCUCUCACCGGUAAGAAGGAGCAUGAGAAGCUCUCCGCUGGCGAGAAGGUCAUUGCCAGCGCUCUUGGUGGUGGUCUCAGCGCCUGGAACCAGCCCAUUGAGGUUAUCCGCGUUGAGAUGCAGAGCAAGAAGGAGGACCCUAACCGUCCUAAGAAGAUGACUGUUGGCAACACCUUCAAGUACAUCUACGAGAGCAACGGUAUCAAGGGUCUUUACCGUGGCAUUGCCCCCCGUAUCUCUUUGGGAGUUUGGCAGACCGUCUGCAUGGUUGCAUUUGGCGAUAUGGCCAAGGCUUACGUUGAGAAGGUGACCGGCGAGGCCGUUACCGCUAAGCAUUAGAAGGCGUUUUGGGAAAUUUGGUUUCAAAAUAUUGCUCGUGGUGAGCUUGAUGUAUGGAUUGUCUAAUGUUUGGUUCGAAAAUGUUUGAUAUAAUGACAUGAGCUUGUAAAAUGGCACGCGUCAAAAGGGUCGCGGAUAUGACGUAUGAUCUUUGAGACGAUCAAUCGACUAAGAAAAUCAUUCACUCUGCGAUGUAAAC